AUGCUGAUACCACCUGUUCGGAACCUGAUACUGUACCCGUGGUGGCCUCGUAUUUGGCGGGAAGUCAGCACCAUCGACAUCAUUGUGAUGACGCGACGAGAAUUCCCACCAAACGUCACAGCACUACAGUGUGUGAAAAGGGUACCGCCAAUUGUGGAACGAGAUGAUAAACGGCUAUUUGGGGACAUGCGCUUUUUAAAAAAACCAGCUUUUCCUGUUACAAGUAUGGAGUCCGCGAAGUCGCUGAAACUGAAUCAUCCUGACCAUAAACUCUUUCUGCCCGCCAUGAGUAAAGAGGAAUCCAAAGACUUACUGCACACUUAUUUGGUCAUAGCGGAAGCUCUUCAGAAAGUAAAUGUAGAACAUUUCCUUGAAGGAGGCUCGAUGUUAGGGUCGUUACGUCAUCAGGGAUUCAUUCCAUGGGACGAUGACCUUGACAUUGCCAUAAAUGUCAAGGAUUGGGUGAAAGUUAGGGAAGCACUGUCCUGCAUUGAAGGCUUCCACCUCCGAGUACAGCCAAACAUGCACUGGGCCUUUCGUCGUCAACGCUACCGUUUUCCUUACAUUGACAUUUUCUUCUAUGCAGAAGACGAAACCCAUAUCUGGGCAUUGGCUUAUUAUAUCAUGAGAAUGACUUUUGUUUUAUCGAAGAAGGAUGUGUUCCCUCUCACCACGGGUUUCUUUGAGGGCCAUCUUGUCCCGUUGCCUCGGUAUGCCGAUCGAGUGGCGAGAAAAGUUUUCGAAUACGAUUACUGUCUGUCUCCGGACGCUCACCAUCGGGACCACGUUGAACUUCCGGUGAGGAAGAAUGUGCCCUGCUCAGAGCUGAGUUAUUUAUACCAGUCUUUCAACUUGAAGGUGUGA